ACAGCUUUAUCUUUACUCCAAUGAAAUUCAAGAACUCAAGCCAGGAACAUUUAGUAAUCUACCACUCUUAGAAAGAUUGUUUUUGAACAAUAACAAUAUGACUUCGAUAUACGCCGGCACGUUCCAGGGAUUAGACUCGCUAAAAAGGCUACGUUUAGAUGCCAAUAAGUUGAUGUGUAACUGCAAGCUUAUAUGGUUGAUUGAGAUGUUAAAGCAAGCUAGCCAUCAACGCCACACUCAAGCAGCAGCAACGUGUGAAUACCCUCGUAAUCUACGCACCAGAAACCUUAUGGAUAUCUCACCAGAGGAACUUAACUGUAGAAGACCACAUUUUGUUGUUGAACCAAGCGACGUAGAUGCGGUGGAAGGAAAUAAUGUUUACUUUAGCUGUAGAGCUAUGGGAGAUCCAGAACCAGAAAUAGUCUGGCUCCAUAACAACAUACAGAUAUCUGCUCCUGCUGAGACUAAUGUAGAGAACAAAUACAAUAUUCUAAAUGAUGGGACGUUAAUGAUCCAGAACGCAAGCGGAGAUGAUGAAGGGGAGUACGAAUGUAAGGCUCGUAAUGCUGUAGGAGAAACCAAAUCGGAACCCGUCAGUUUACGCUACUUUGGUGCUCCAAAACGCCCAACAUUCUCCGUGGAACCGAGCGACAUUGAGAUACAACAAGGCACCACCGUCACUCUGGAUUGCUCAGCCAAUGGUUACCCACGACCAACCAUUGAAUGGACCAGGCAUGGGCAGAGUGUUGUAGAGGAUAGCCGCUUCACCCUUCUCGCAUCGGGAUCGCUUCACAUCAAUAGCAUCCAGCCGUUAGAUCGCGGAGAGUACACAUGCACGGCUACCAACCAAGCGGGUACCAGGUCAACCUCUGCUACCGUCACCGUAACUGUCCCACCCUCAUUCGAUGUGACGCCUAAUUUCAUAUCUGCCAUAGAGGGCAGUACAGUGGAGCUGUUUUGUCAAGCGUCGGGCUACCCUCUGCCUGUAAUUGCCUGGCGAAAAGAAGGUGAACUAUUACCAGAAAGUCGCCGCUACCUGACCCUUGCCAGUGGUACUCUACGUAUUCUACGCAUGACGCGUGAAGAUGAAGGAAACUACGACUGCUUUGCCGUGAACUCCGCUGGAAGUAUUCAUACAACGGCACAAAUUGAAGUCAGACCAAGAGUGCCACCCGUUUUCACCCAGUCACCUAGUGACCUUCAGGUUGUCAGCAGGGCAACCAUACGCCUCCCUUGUUCUGCUUCGGGCGACCCUACGCCCGUUAUCACUUGGAGUAAGGAUGGGAUUCAGAUUCCAGAGAGUACAAAGUUUACGAUUAGCGAGGAGGGUCACCUAGUUAUUCAUAACAUUAGCCCAGAUGAUGAGGGUAGAUACGAAUGUGCGGCUAGGAACAGUAUCGGGUAUGCAGCAACAAGUAUGCUACUAACUGUCGAAGUUCCAGUGGACGAAGACCGAGAAGGGGACCAAUUCGUAGACUCCUCUAUCACUCAAGCCAUAAACAACGUUGACCGUGCAAUCAAUGAGACCAGACGUGACUUGUUUGAUCGUACCAAGCCUCGAACUCCCAGUGAUCUGUUGACCCUCUUCAGGUUCCCGUCCACGGAGGCCAUGAACAUCGCUCGGGCUGCUGAGGUCUUUGAGCAGACGUUGCAGUUGAUCCACGAUCACAUCGAGGCUGGCAUGAAGGUCAACCUGACUGGAGUUGAGUUUACCUACAAUGACUUGGUGUCCCCACGCUUCCUCAACCUCAUUGCUAACCUGUCGGGAUGCACCACUCAUUCCAAAAUAGUCAACUGUUCGGACAUUUGUUAUCAUCGUAAAUACCGCACCCAUGACGGCACCUGCAACAACCUACAGAACCCAGAAUGGGGUGCAUCCCUCACACCCUUCAGACGCCUUCUGAAGCCGAUCUAUGAGAAUGGGUUCAAUACGCCCGUUGGAUGGAACCAGUCUCACCUGUAUAAUGGCUACCCCAAGCCUAGCGUUCGUAAAGUCUCCUUGGAAGUCAUGUCAACGGCUACCAUCUCGAAUCAUGACAAGUUGUCCCAUAUGGUGAUGCAGUGGGGUCAGUUUUUGGAUCAUGACAUGGAUUUUACGGUAACGAGUCUCAGCCGAGCUCGAUUCAUUGACGGGGUUGAGUGUAAAGACACGUGUGAGAAUCAGCCACCCUGUUUCCCUAUAAAUGUUCCCGAUGAUGAUCCGCGCAUUCGGCGUAUGCAAUGCAUGGAAUUCACACGUUCCAGCGCUGUAUGCGGUAGUGGCAGCACGUCCUUGUUCUUCAACUCUGUGAUGCCACGUGAACAGAUCAACCAAAUUACGUCCUAUAUCGACGCCUCAAACGUUUACGGCAGCACAAAGGGACAAGCGGACAAUCUCAGGGAUUUCACAAACAAUCUCGGCCGGCUCAAAGCUGGUCUUGGCGUGGAAACUUCUACAAAACGCCUUCUUCCAUUCAAUCGCAACACACCCAUUGAUUGCGAUCGGGACAUUCGUGAGAGCCCUAUCCCGUGUUUCCUGGCCGGGGACUUUCGUGCUAAUGAGCAGCUUGGAUUACUCUCUCUGCACACAAUUUGGUUCCGUGAGCAUAAUCGCAUCGCUGACGAACUCCUUAAAAUCAAUCCCCAUUGGGACGGAGAGAAAAUCUUCCAGGAAACAAGAAAGAUCAUUGGUGCUGCUAUGCAGCAUAUCUCUUUCAGCCACUGGAUUCCAAAGGUCUUGGGACCCAAAGGUGUGGAAUUAAUUGGAGAUUAUCAAGGAUACGAUCCCAAGACUAACUCAGCCAUCUUGAAUGUUUUUGCUACGGCUGCAUUCCGAUUCGGACAUAGUAUGAUUCAGCCUAUUCUGAAGAGAUUGAAUGAAUCUUAUCAACCCAUCUCGGAAGGAGACCUCCCCUUACACAAGGCUUUCUUCUCCCCGUUCCGCAUUGUCGAAGAAGGCGGUGUAGACCCACUCCUCCGUGGACUCUUUGCCUCCCCGCUCAAGGAACCCAAGCCAGAAGAAAUGCUUAACACUGAGCUGACUGAGCAUCUUUUUGAGAUGGCUCACGAGAUUGCUCUUGAUCUUGCUUCUUUGAACAUCCAACGUGGUCGAGAUCACGCCCUCCCUGGCUAUAACGAUUGGCGGGUCCUCUGUAAUAUGUCAGCGGUGCAGACGUUUGACGAGUUACAAGACGAGAUUUCCAACGAUGAAGUGAGGAAUAAGCUAGAGAAUCUUUAUCAUCAUCCUGGCAAUGUGGAUCUGUUUGUGGCUGGCAUGGCCGAGGACCCCAUUGAAGGUGGUCUUCUUGGACCGACGUUCACUUGUAUCUUGGCCAAACAAAUGAGACGUCUCCGAGCAGGAGACAGAUUUUGGUACGAGAACCCAGGAACGUUUGAACCGGACCAGUUAACACAGAUUAAACAAUUCACCUUAGCAAGGGUCAUCUGCGACAACAGCGACAUCAAGCGUAUUCCUGAAGAGAUCUUUCAUAAGAGUGAUUUCCCUAGUGGCUUCAGACAUUGUAAAGAUUUGCCCUCAAUUGACCUGAGAAUGUGGGCCGAGUGCCCACAAGAUCUGGUGGUAUCAAGUUUGACAGUAGGAAGCGUCUCAAGGUCGCGGCGUUCAGUGGACAGCUUUGCAGCACCUUCACAGUGGACCAACAGCACAAAAUCUGGGCAGUCACAGCAUAAGAAACCCCUGCACACUAGACCCCCUUUAAGAGAGGAAGAAACAGCAGCGACUGUCUUGGAGGAAUUGGACCUUGAUAGCCGAACGACUUAUUUGGAGUCCAUUGUAGAGGAACUUGGCGAGACUAUGACCAGAAUGCAAUCAACUAUCAGGAACCUCUCUAAGCAGGUGAAAUCUCUGCGAAGGGAACGGAAAAAGAAAGCCCUUCCUCAAGAUUGAUGACAGAGAGAGUCAAAUGCAGGUCAUUUCAUCAAAGUAUCCUUCUUUUUCUGUCAACUUUUAGGGUUCUUUUCCUUCAAGAAACUUAUAAGAAAAACAAUGUCUUAUGUCAUCUGCGGGUUUUAUUGUGGUGUAUUUUUGUAAAAAAAAAAACUUUUAAAAAUAACAGGAAUUUAUAUUGUAUUUUCUUUAUGAAUUAAAAAAAAAAAACGAGGGUUCUAAAAUCGUACAUCAAUGAGCAGAAAGAUUGACUUAACUGUAAAUUGUACUUAUUGCAUUAUGGUCUGAAAUGUACUUGAUUUACCAUCUAAUCAUACUUAGUGUGUGUCAUCUUCCUGCUUAGUGGGAAACCCUGCUAAGCUGGUAUGGAUUUUUCUGCUUAUCAUCGGUGUAUAGUCGGGAGCCCUGGUAAUUGACUGCUGGGUGGUGCUAUAAUACAUAUAUAUUGUAUUCUCUUUGAGUGUAAAGGAGACAGGAAUAAGACCUGCUUAUUUACCUGCCAUUGGGGUCAUACCUUUUCAAUCUUUCUGUAUGUCAACUUAGAGUAGGAAUGAUGGGGGUGAGCAGUGCAGGGCCUAACUUCAUGGCUCUGCUUACCGCCAAAUUCUGCUCUUACGGUCACCAUUCUCUGCUUACUGUGCAAGUGCUGAAUAUCUGCACUAGAUAUGUCACCGAAGAAUGCCUAGUAACGUGUAGUACGCUAUGUGCGCAAGCAAAGAUUCCCCGCUAACCAUGGCCCAUGCUUAGCAUAAAAAUUUGCUUAGCAUGAAAUUUCUUCCCUGAUAAAAAACAGGAUUACCAACCAAAUUUCCACAU